CCCCCCCCCAUGGCCGCUCCCGACAGGGAUGCCAUCUCCUGGUACCAGAAGAAGAUCGGGGCCUACGACCAGCAGAUAUGGGAGAAGUCCAUCGAGCACACCGAGAUGAAGGGCUUAAAAAGCAAGCCUAAGAAGAAGGGUCACAUUCAGCCUGAUCUGAUCGACGUGGAUUUAAUCAGAGGCUCUACGUUUGCUAAAGCCAAGCCUGAAAUUCCCUGGACGUCACUAACUCGGAAGGGAAUCGUGCGAGUUGUAUUUUUCCCAUUAUUCAGCCAGUGGUGGAUACAGGUCACUUCCCAACGUAUUUUUAUGUGGCUUCUGGUGCUCUAUGUUAUGCAAGUCAUAGCAGUUGUGUUGUAUUUCAUGAUGCCUGUGGUGAACGCAAGUGAAGUCAUGGGACCAAUGUGCCUUAUGUUGCUGAUGGGAACUGUGCACUGUCAAAUAGUGUCUACCCAGAUCAAUAGACCUUCAGGAAGCAACGGGCUCAGCAGGAGGAGGAGGAAGUUACGCAAAUCUGGGGGUGUCGAUGGCAACAGUUGGUCUUCUCCUGACAAAACCAGGAAAGAAGAGCAGUCAGAGCCUGCAUCCAUUCUUAAUAAUCUAGUUAGUGUGCUUUUCCGAAGGAGGAUUAGAAGAGUGAAGUUGGUAGCUGAGAAAGGGACUGAGACAGAGAAUGGUGUGAAUGGUGUCAAUAAUGGCAUUAAACACAGACCUGCCAGGUCUGAAUACAGGCUGCUGCACUUCAAAGAGAAAAAGAAGCUUUCUGAUGGGGAAAAGAGCCAUCAGGUACCUGCAGGAAAGAGCCAUUCAGAGUCACAGGUUUCAGUAUAUUCUGAUGACUGCACCAACAGAGGUGGAGUUUCUGAUGAGCUUUCGAGCGAGGAGGAGGCUGAAGCAAUGGCACAACGGAUCUUGUUACGCCAGAAUCUAGAAGGGGCUUCCAGUGACAACAGCUGUGAGGAGAAGAAAGAGAGGCCUCUUGUUUCUCUGAACCAGGCUGUCUCACAGGUCAAGGAAGCCCUGAAAAAUACCAGAGACUCGGAUAGCGUCAUGGAAUCUGAACUAGAAUCCACAUUAUACGGUCAGGAUUUGAGGUCCUGCGUUCAUGUGGGAUCCCGGAGCUGCAGCGUGGGCCGCAGGGACUCCGAAAGCACUCGCCAUGACUCGGAGACAGAAGACAUGCUCUGGGAUGAUCUGCUCCACGGCCCCGAGUGCCGCUCGUCCUGCACCAGCGACAGCGAGGAGAUCACUGUGCGGGAUCCCCGGCGGGAUGCCAAGGAAGAUGUUUUCCAGCAGAACCAUUUGUUUUGGCUGCAGAAUACAAGUCCAGCAUCUGCAAAAGUGAGUGCGCUAAUCUGGGAAGGGAAUGACUGCAAGAAGGUGGACAUGUCUGUGCUGGAGAUCAGUGGGAUUAUCAUGAGUAGGGUCAAUGCUUACCAGCAAGGAGUGGGCUAUCAAAUGCUGGGAAACAUCCUCACCAUCGGCCUAGCGUUCCUACCAUUCCUCUACAGACUCUUCCGCACAGACAACCUGGAGCAGCUCUGCUCCAUUUCUCUAAAGGAGCUCCUGCACAUCUUCUGCGGGGCACCCGCCAGCACUCCGGUCAUUGUUUUGUCUGCAAUCAACUUCCUUGAGAGACUUUGCUUAACGUGGAUGUUCUUCUUCAUGAUGUGUGUUGCGGAGCGAACGUAUAAACAGAGGUUUUUGUUUGCCAAGCUUUUUAGUCACAUCACAUCCGCUCGGAAAGCCAGGAAAUACGAAAUCCCUCACUUCAGACUCAAGAAGGUAGAAAACAUUAAGAUCUGGUUAUCCCUUCGGUCCUACCUAAAGAGGCGAGGCCCCCAGCGCUCCGUGGAUGUUGUUGUGUCCUCAAUCUUUUUACUGGCUCUUUCCAUCGCGUUUAUAUGCUGCGCCCAGGUUCUUAAGGGUCACAAAACAUUUCUGAAUGCAGCUUACAACUGGGAGUUCCUCAUCUGGGAGGCAGCACUUCUGCUCUUUUUACUGCGCCUGGCAUCUUUGGGCUCUGAAACCAAUAAGAAAUACAGCAACAUUUCCAUCUUGCUCACGGAGCAGAUAAACUUAUACCUCAAGAUGGAGAAGAAGCCAAACAAGAAAGAGCAGCUGUCUCUGGUAAACAACGUUUUGAAGCUAUCCACAAAGCUACUGAAGGAGCUGGAUACUCCAUUCAGGCUCUAUGGGCUGACCAUGAACCCACUAAUUUACAACAUAACCCGGGUUGUAAUACUCUCUGCUGUCUCAGGUGUUAUAAGUGAUCUUCUAGGAUUCAACAUCAGAUUAUGGAAAAUUAAACCAUGAACUGAGCGGACAUCGGCACUCGGCCGUCUCCACCUGACAGCCCCACCAGAGAAGAGAGCCAAGAGCCUGGGUGAAUGCAGAGGUGCUCUCCAGCUGCAGGUUUUAAACAGGUUCUCAGUGUAAGUAUCAAAGGUUCUUCCUCUGCUUUCGUGUUCUGCAACAGACAGAGUGAACUGGUCACCCUGUGGCACACGCACACAGCAGAACGGAGUUAACGGGGUCAGACUGGAGGAGCUGCGCUGCAAAGAGCAGACCUGGGCCCAGCCUGCGUGGGGCAUAGGCCACCUACAGCAAUGUGAGUGCCCUGAGCUCUGGGUGGAGGGACAGUGAUGGGGCCACAGGUGCCUUGUUCUCUGCAUGUGACAUGAAGGGCCAGCCCUCGUCCUGGUGAGCACCGUCCUGUUGGAGAGCUCUGGAGCUACACUGAGGUUCAUCUGUUUGAGCAUCCUCCGGUGCUCUCUCAGACUAUGCCCAGCUGCAUUUACCUGACUGUGCUGAAGAGCGUUUCUUUCCUUCUAAGCUCAGUGUGCUUGAGGCCCUGCCUCUCUCCUGAACUGCUGCAGCAGGCACUGGAAUGUGGUCUGCACAAGAUGAAUUCUGCUUCCAUGCUGACAACCAGACAGCAACAGAUUCAUGCCCCUUGGCUGAUGCUGGGGCUUGUGCAACUGAACAAUGCCCGCUUUUUGCCAACCUUAGUUACAUGAGAACAGGGCUCUAGCACAACCGAUAGGUAAAGCCUUUAUCACUGUAGAGCAUUCUGCUGUGUUCAUUCCCUGUCAUGUCUUGUUCUGGUGGUGGUGGGAGAAGCUGCUGCAGGUCUGUGCUGCGCUGGUGCACGCAAGGGGCGAAAGCUGCAGGGAGGAUCAGUUCAGAGGAGGAGACACGGCACAGGCUUCCUCCUCACGAGCAGGUUAAUGCUUGGGAAGGGCACGGGGGGGAAACAGAACGUUUUCAGGGUAUCUCUUAAAGCCACAUUUCCCUUAACUGGCUCUAAUCCCUUCUAUUUAUUAUUAAUAAACCAAGCAAAAACCGGA